AUGGUCAGCAUUGCCCGUGCCAUCAUGUCGGCUGUGGCUCGUCGCUCCGAGGUGGAAGAGAAGCUGCACACGGUCAAGACCGCGGCGGAAAAAGUGCGAAGCUACGGCGCCAUUGCCACCCGCACUCGCGAGACCCGUCUGGCCGAACUCAAGAACUCCAUCUCGCGCCCAAUCUCCCUCCCCAACACACAAUCGCCAACGGGCAGCUCUGCAUCGAGCGCGUACGCAGUUGAAAGCAUGGACAGCAGAUGGUCGUCCCAAUCUUGGCCUUGCGAGACUACACCACUCGUGGAGCGAUCGAGCGCCUUCGAGUUCGACGAACAACUGCACGACGAUGCGCGCAACUCCACUUCCAGCGAGAGCUCAUUCAGCAACCGUCCCUAUUCGUUCUUCUAG